AUGAGACUGAUCUCAAGCUUUUUCAUCCGUCUUCUGACGCUGCUCAUAUUGAUCGUCUCUUCAUUCUCGGUCAUGCAAUCACCUCAUUAUGUUCACGCAGAUCCAAACCCGAGAAUAUUAAGGAGAAUUCGAAGACCACCCCCUGCUCCGAUUUCAGCCUCAGGACCACAUCAACAUGGCUAA